GUGGCCGACGUGGCGUCAGCGAGAUGAGCUCUCUGCGGCUUAGCGCGACAACGGUUCGCAAGCAAUCUUCUGCGGAUAACGCGCUGCAUCUAGCACGGACUACAGCUGCGAUCACUCGUGAGCUGGGUGACCUGUGUCAGUUCCCUCCAGUGAGCGCUGCGGCGACGUUACUGCUGGUUGUGUUCGACACCAUUCAGAGCCUGCAAAAGAACAAGACUGCGUGUGUCAGACUCGCAAGACGCGCCGCCUCCAUCCUCCUCGAUAUACGCGAUCAAAUGCGGGGGAGGUGGGAGGACGCUCCUCCGUCCCUGAAACGAAACAUUCGGAAGUUCGAAGAUGUCCUGGUCGGCAUCGCGGACUUCAUGAAGAAUGAAAGCACCGGGAAGUGGCACCAACGUGUCAUGCGAAGGGCUUCCACUGAGGAUGCGAUUUCGGAUUUUGGUCAGCAACUUGACGAUGCAGCACGGUCUUUUCAGAUAGCUGCUUUGAUCGACAUCCACUACAGUAUCGGAGAGCGCACAACGAAGAUGAUUACAUACGGCGAAGAAACUAGCUCGCCGAUAGAAGUGUCUACUGGGUCAUCCAUCUUUUCCGAGACCACGCGCGUGGUCCUCUACGAUGAAUCGGAGGAGGGAACGUCGUCGAGGAUCAAAAUACAAAAGAGCGCGAAAACGAUUUCCGCAUCGCCAACAUCCACGGUAUUCUCCGACAGCCAUGCAGUCUCGCGUUCCGCCUCAGUGUACGACAAAUCGAACCAGACUAUCUCUUCUCCAUACACGGAAUUACCGGAUUCUCCAGUUUCGCGUGCUCGAACGAUCAGCGUUUCGAGAUCUUUUUCCGGAGACUCUACUAUUACGAGUUCCCGGGCCUCCAGCAGUUUCGUCGAAGUCACCUCGGCGGGUUCUUUGACCUCGAUCGAGGAAACGGAGGUCGAAGAACGAACGGAAACCACUCCCCUCAUUGACGACGAUCGAGGUUUUGUACGAUAUCAUCAAUCUGAAAUAACGUUAGGCACCCGUAAAUCGCGCAUAAAGAAGGGCUGGUGGGCUGGCGCUACAGAGAUCCAAGUCUCUGGGCGUCAAGCGUUGAUUAAACGCUAUGACGCUUCUGCCAGUAACGUGAAGGAAACAACACUAUACGUCCAGCAGCAAUUCCAAAUGUCUGAAGAGCAUGUCAUCGAUUUCGUCGAGAAAUCAAAUUAUCGUGUCGAUCCUAACCAUGCUGUGGUAAUGGGGCUACCUCCUCCUCGAGAGGGGGGGACGACAUGGAGGAACUAUGAUUUGACGCAUGCCCUACUCCGUGCUUGCACUCAGGAGGCAAUAUCCAAACUCGACUUGAAGAUGCUCCCCUUUCGGUCGCAACCGACCAGAUUAGUCGACACCUCGGAUAAGACAUUGAGCCACGCCAUGCAAGUGAAGCUCAGUCACCUUGUCUAUCUCGCGGAAGAACUUCUUCCAGGCAACGGCCAGCGGCCUGGGCUGCCUGGACCAGUGGCGGAGCUACUUGAUGCCGGAGAUGAAGACGAAGAUGAAGAGGAGGAAGCGCCUACGAUCUCCCUUCGUCAGCUCAGAGACUUGAACAUUCGGGCUGGAAGGCACAAUCACUGCUGGCGUCAGCUUGUUGAACCAUUUGAGUUCCUUCCUGGUGACAUUGGUUACAUACCGGUUGGAGAAGAGUUUCGCUCAAGCUUCAAGAAAUUGGCGAACGUCUUCGACGAUGGCCUUGUCGCCUCUAUGGGAAGAGAAAAGAGCGCCUCGGCCAACCGGUGGUCUUGGAAGGCUCUGCAAUCGGGACGGCUUCCCGUGCAGGGGUUCCCGCUUCCAUACGAUAUCACCGGAUGGCCGAUCGCGGUCCCCCCACAAGAGGAGAUUCAAAUGCAUGUAAUUCAUGAAGAAGCCGUUUCCUCGGUGAAUUCGGCAUGGAAGUUCCUGAUGGAUCAUGCGUCCAAAAUCGCCAGACAACAUUCUAUCCCCCCUGAGGAACUCAUUUUCAUCACGCGUGCAGGAACCGACCAAGACUUUAGCAUCAACCACUUCGCACCUCCAAUGUUCGGCGGCUUCCACCAACCAAGUCUACACCAGCCGCACCACUUCGGCC